ACUCACAAAGGAGUGUGAUUUGGGGGUAAAAUUCCAGAUCGCGCGAGAGAGAGAGAGAGAGAGAAGAAAGAAAACCAAAACCAUAUCACAAGUAGAAGAAGAAGAGUGGCAUCUAUCAACAACGCCAGUAACAGAGGAAGCAACUGGUUUUCACUGUGAGUGGCAAAGCGAGCAUGGACGCGAUACGGAAGCAGCUUGAUGUGUUGAUGGGAGCGAACCGAAACGGCGACGUUCGUGAAGUGAACCGCAAGUACUACGAUCGCGAUGUCUGUCGCCUCUAUCUCGUUGGUCUCUGCCCUCACGAGCUCUUUCAGCUCACGAAAAUGGAUAUGGGUCCUUGCCCUAAGGUGCACUCCUUGCAGCUCAGGAAAGAAUAUGAGGAAGCGAAAGCAAAAGGUGCCGACAAUUAUGAUAGGGAGUUGGAGGACGUCAUAGAUAAGCUUAUUAGUGAGUGUGAUAGGAAAAUUGGCAGAGCGCUCAAGCGUCUUGAGGAUGAUGACGCCAAAGCUGCAAUUGCAAUUUCUGUUUCUGAAGUAACUCAGACACCUGAGGUGCUCGAGUUGUCCAAACUAAUCAAAGAGAAGUUGAAAGAGGCUGAUCUACAUGAUCUUGAAGGCAUGACAGAUUCGAAGAUCCGAGCACUGGAGGUUGUAGAGGAGCUUAGAACUAAAAGAGCAGACAAGCAGUCUGUACUACUUUUAGACGCAUUUAACAAAGAUAGGGCAUCUUUACCUCAACCUCUGCCUAAUCCGCCACCUUUGGCGCCUCUUCCUGCCACUGCUCCUGAUCCUCAGACACAGGAGAUGAUAAAUGAGAAGAUGAGAAAGGCUGAGGAACUUGGCGAGCAAGGAUUGGUUGAUGAGGCAAAAAAAGCAAUGGAAGAGGCUGAAGCCCUUAAGAAGCUUCCUCCCAGGCAGGAGCCAGUAUUGGAUUCUUCAAAGUAUACAGCUGCCGAUGUGCGGAUUACUGAUCAGAAGCUACGUGUGUGCGACAUUUGUGGAGCAUUUUUGAGUGUUUAUGACAGUGAUCGCCGUUUAGCUGAUCAUUUUGGAGGGAAACUUCAUUUAGGGUAUAUGCAAAUUCGUGAGAAGUUAGAAGAACUUCAAGAAGAAAGGAAUAAGAGCCGCAAGUUGGAUCGGCAUGAGGACAGGAGAUCAAAAGAACGGAGUCGGGAUCGUGAUAGGGAGCCGAGUAGGGACCGUGAACGUGGUGAGAGUCAUGAACGGGGGCGAGACAUCGAUCGUAGGAGCAGGGACCGAGAUAGGCACCAUGAUAGAGACCGUGGAUAUGACCGGGACCGUAAUGGAGACCGCAACCGCUCCUAUGAUUCAAGAAGUCACCGGAGGUCCCGCUCACGGUCUCGGGAUCGUCCUCGAGACUAUGAUCGUCACAGGCGUCAUGAUCGGUACUAGCAACUGCCGUGAGUCAUAUAUUGUUAUGGUUAUCAUGAAAUGUCUAGUCUAGGUGGGUGUUGAACCAGGUGUUGGACAAAUAAUUUUGCAAUGUAUUGAGCUAUUUCUCCAACGAUGGAUGUAUAACUUGAGCUUAGGUGUGUAGCAAAAUUAUGGUUUGAUGUUCCUUUGGAGAGAUUAAAUCUAAUUUGUAAUCUGCCUACUUGGAGCAGUUCUUGCAAUUGUGCUUGAAGUAGUUUUCUCUAGGUCAACAUUUAGGCCGUGUUUUGAAUAUCUUAUUUGAGCUCAUUUUAUAGCAUAGACGCUUGUAUAAGUGUUUGAGUAA